UAAGAAAUUCUUAUUUUACAUAUAGUGCGCACCGAACAGAUCGAAACCCGGAGGUCGCACUAAUCUCGAACUCUAAUGUGCCCUGACCCCUGUUUUUUUUCCGUUCAUUUUAAAUUUUAUUUAUCUAUUUCGUAUCGUGUCCGAUCAUCAUCAUAUCUUGCAUCUUCUUCGGUGUCGCGAUUGUGUAGUAAGCGAUGGCUCUGAGUCGUCUCCAUCUCCUCCUCAACAAGCCGCCUCCCCACCCGUUUCUGCCCCCCUCAUCUUUCUUCUCUCCUCUCUCCUCAAGCUUCCACGUCUCCUCCCGGCGACCCCGCCCCAUCCCGCGCUUCUCCUUCGCCCGUCGUCUCCUUUGCUCCAAAUCCGAUCCCCCGACCCAGAGCGACCCAAGAAGGGGCGAGCCCGCCCCUUCAAUAGUUGGCGAUCUGCUGGAUUACCUUAACGAGUCUUGGACGCAGUUCCACGCCACCGCUGAAGCGAAGAGGCAGCUGAUCGAGGCUGGUUUCCAUUUGCUCAACGAGAAUGACGAGUGGGAUCUGCGGCCCGGUGGUCGGUACUUCUUCACUCGGAAUAUGUCCUGCUUGGUGGCUUUUGUGGUUGGAGAGAGGUAUAGUAUCGGAAGUGGUUUUCAUGUAAUUGCUGCUCACACAGAUAGCCCAUGCUUAAAACUCAAGCCUCGGUCUGCAUCAUCCAAGUCUGGCUUUCUGAUGGUAAAUGUGCAAACUUAUGGAGGUGGAUUGUGGCACACAUGGUUUGAUAGAGAUCUAAGUGUAGCUGGGAGAGUUAUUCUGAAAGAUGGCCAUGGUUCAUUUAGUCAUAAACUUGUUAAAGUGAGGAGACCUUUGCUACGUGUACCAACAUUGGCCAUUCAUCUUGACCGCACAGUGAAUACUGAAGGUUUUAAACCAAACUUGGAGACACAGCUUCUUCCGCUAAUUGCAACAAAAAUUGAGGAUGCUGAAAUGAAAUCUGAGGACAAGAAAAUAGCACCUUCAUCAAAAAGUGCUCAUCAUUCGCUGCUCUUGCAGGUCUUAUGCGAAGAACUCAGUUGUGAUGUUAGUGAUAUUAUGGAUAUGGAGCUGAAUGUUUGUGAUACUCAGCCUAGUUGCCUUGGAGGUGGAAAUAAUGAAUUUAUAUUCUCUGGAAGACUGGACAAUCUUGCUUCAAGUUAUUGUGCACUCAGAGCUCUGAUAGAUACAUGUCGGUUGCCUGGAGAUUUAGCAAAUGAGCAAGCUAUCCGAAUGGUUGCUCUGUUUGAUAAUGAAGAGGUGGGAUCAAACUCUAUGCAAGGGGCAGGUGCACCAACCAUUUUCCAGGCUAUGAGACGCAUUGUUGAUUGCUUGGCUCAGGAGCGAUUUAGAGAGGGUUCAUUUGAACGUGCAUUACGUUCAUCUUUUCUUGUGUCGGCAGACAUGGCACAUGGUCUCCACCCAAAUUUUCCAGACAAAUAUGAAGAGCACCACAGACCAGCUCUACAAAAAGGAGUUGUGAUCAAACAUAAUGCCAAUCAGCGUUAUGCCACAAGUUCUUUAACUGCAUUUCUUUUUAAAGAAGUAGCAAAUGUUCAUAACCUUCCAGUUCAGGAAUUUGUCGUAAGAAAUGAUAUGGGAUGUGGGUCAACUAUUGGCCCUAUACUUGCUUCAGGGGUUGGUAUCCGAACUGUUGACUGUGGCAUUCCUCAGCUGUCAAUGCACAGUGUCAGGGAGAUAUGCGGCAAAGACGAUAUCGAUAUUGCUUAUAAGCAUUUCAUGGCCUUCUUCCAAUCGUUUUCAGACAUCGACAAGAAGCUAAGUGUAGAUUUUUAGUUCAAGAUUUCCUUCACUUAAAUUCUCUUUUAUCUUGUCCAAUAAUUCUUUCAUCAUCUGUGCUCCCGGCAUUCUUUAAGCAUAAGAAGAUUUACUUUACAAACUAAUUCUGACAGCAUAUAAAUCUGUUGGCCAAAUAAUUAUCCAACUACACAUGAAUCUGUAAGCACGGUUCCUUCGAAAAGGCUGGCAGCUAUUUGUUUCUUAGCUAGCUAAUUACUUGAUGGUAAAAGUAAAGAAAAAGCUUUUGCCUGA